CUCUCUCUCUCUCUCUCUCUCUCACUACUCUGAAGAAGAUGGCUACUCCCCUGUUGGGCUCUGCUAAAGCAGUUCCCAUCAUCCUUACGAUGAUCAUUUUCAUCUCUUCUCUUCAACAAUUCACUGUUUCUUCCUUUGAGUUUGAAGUCGGAGGCUCCAAUGGUUGGGUUGUUCCUCCUCUUAAUGCCACCAAAAUUUACAGCGAAUGGGCCUCCAGGAACAGGUUCCGUGUUGAUGAUAGCAUCCGUUUUAAGUACAAGAAAGAUUCAGUAAUGGUAGUGAGUGGUUCAGAUUACAACCAGUGUGAUUCCACACAUCCAAUGUUCUUCUCUAAUGAUGGCAACACUGUGUACCACUUUGAUCAUUCUGGGUCUUUUUAUUUCAUCAGUGGAGUAUUAAGUCACUGCAAGAGAGGACAGAAGGUGAUUGUCAAGGUGAUGUCACCUGAGGACGAUUCCCCUUCAUCUGGAGGAAGAUCAAGUCAUGUCAUCCCAACAUCCGGGCUUUCUGCACUGCUUCUUCUUCAGUUUCUGUUGUCCUUCUUUGGCUUCCAUCUCCCUUAGUUACCACUUAUUAUUAUUACGUAUGAGUCUAGUUUUAGGGGUAUUUGUUCAGAAGAACUAAUUACUGUUUGUGUUUGUGAGAAUUUUAGAAUGAUUUAACAUGUUUUAGCAAAUCAUCAACUCCCAGUAAUGUUCUUUGCCAACUGGGCUUCACUAUGGACAACACUUCGUUGCAGUACAAGCGUUUAAUCUUCGUGUCA